GGGGAAGAUUACGUGCGCUAACGUAUUGAGUGAUUUGUAUGCCAUGGGAGUCACUGAUUGUGAUAAUAUGUUAAUGAUAUUAGGGGUCAGUCAGAAGAUGACUGAAAAAGAACGCGAUGUUGUCGUUCCCAUCAUUAUGAGGGGAUUUCGGGACACUGCUUUCGAAGCGGGAACACAGAUAACCGGCGGACAAACAGUCAUAAAUCCUUGGCUUACGAUAGGAGGGGUCGCGACCAGUAUUUGUCAGCCGACAGAAUAUAUAAUUCCCGAUAACGCAGUGGUUGGCGAUGUAUUAGUGCUGACAAAGCCGUUGGGAACACAGGUGUCAAGCAUUUCGUACCAAUGGCUCGAACAGUCGGACAAAUGGGCACGAAUUAAAUUAGUGGUCACUGAAGACGAUGUACGCAAAGCAUACCUGAGGGGAAUGGACAGUAUGAGUCGCCUCAAUCGUAUCGCAUCGCGACUAAUGCACAAAUACAACGCUCACGGGGCCACUGAUGUCACGGGGUUUGGCCUCUUAGGUCACGCGCAGAAUUUGGCAAGAGUUCAAAAAAAUGAAGUGUCUUUUGCGGCCGCCUAUUGUAAGGACAUAGAGAAACAGGAGGGCUAUCAGGCGUGGAUUAUAGGCAUCGUUGAGAAGGGCAACAGAAGCGCUCGCAUUAUAGACAAACCCCGGGUUAUUGAAGUGCCCGCAAAGGAAAAGGAUGGCGAGCUUUGG